GGACAGAGUGAGAUGGAGGCAGAUGAUCCACUGUGGUGAUGCCUAAAGGGAGAAGCCAAAAGAAGAACAUCAUAUAGAAGCACCUUUUGCAUUUAUUGCAUGUGUUGAAUGCCACAUGUUUGACAUACAUUGUGUUAUCCGAUGACGGAGGUCAUUUAAGUAUAGUGAACUCUGCCACAUUCAAGAAAUGACGAGUGGGUAUUACAUCAACAAGGCAAUUUGCCCCAGAGCACUGAACUCACUGGAUAUUUUCUCUUUGUUGGAUCAUUCUCUGUAAACUCUAGAAAUGGUUGUGUGGGAAAAUCCAAAAAUCCCAAUACGUCAGCACCAACAACCAUACCACAUUCCAAGUCACUAACAUCACCUUUCUUCCUCAUUCCAAUGCUCAGUUUGAAUUUCAUCAGGUCGCCUCGACCAUCUCUGCAUGCCUAAACCUAUUGAGUUGAUGCCAUGUGAUUGGCUGAUUAAAUAUUGUGUUAAUGAGAAGCUGAAACGGUGUGCCUAAUAAAGAGGCCAGUGAGCAUACACUGUCCAGUUUGUUCCAGCCUGACGUUGAUAUUAGGUAACAGCUAUAGCGUUCCUACUGGCAACAAGAGGUCAACCUGAUGUGACAAACAUCAUCAUAUUUACAUUCAUUUUACAUAAUGUGCUCUUUAAUACCACAUAGUGCACACAUGCAGUGAUAUGUAAUCCACAAAAAGUCCAAGCCUUAAGACAUCUAAAGUAAUAAAACCCUCUGGUGUUCUUCACCUCUGAUAUUCAUCUUUAGCCAAGAAUUUGUUUUAUAUCUUGUUUUUAAUAUUUAUGGUUUCAAAUAGUGCAUGCUCUAUUUCCAGGCCAAGUUAAAAUAUUUAGAUUCUUGUUUAUCCACAUGAGAAAGGUAUGUCUGUUUCCGUUUCUUCCUUUGAAUGUCUUUAAUGUAUUCUCUUCCCUUUUUUUCUCUCUCCAUCACCCUGUCCUCUUUAAUCUGAAAGGGCAUGGAUUAAUCCCGCUCCGUUCGUGUCCUCUUAAUUCUCCCUUUAAAACUCUUCACACUGUAGAUGAAGUCAUUUGAAUGCUCGUGCAACAUGUUGACAUGAGGCAGAGAGAGAGAAAGGGGGGAGGGAAGACCGAGUGACAGAGAGGAAUGAGGGGGGAUUAAAAGCACCGCGUGAAGAGCCGAGAGUGAUGCUGUUUCUGUGGAGUGACACAUAAGCGAGCUGUGUUCAGUGCGCUCCACUUCUGCUCAGUCAUCCAGUUUGUUUUUGUUUUGGGAAGAUCAUUUGGUAACGUGUUCAGUUUGGUUUGGGUCAGUGGAGAUGACCAUGAAUGGAUGAGGGCUGUUCCUCUUUUUCCAUCUCUGUUUUGUCCAAUAUGACGACUAUUAACCAGAGUGGGCGACUCAGAGGGAUUUUUUAGCUUGUGAGCUUGAACUUGACUUUAGAAGUCCACAGAAGAAGAGCGCAGGGAAAUAGGAACAUAGAAAAGUGACAGGGGAGGUCUGGUAAUGGGGAACAAACCAUCUCUGAACGAUAAAAUGAAGAAGGACAGAGAGCUGCGGCCAGAGGAGAUCGAAGAGCUCCGUGAGGCAUUUGUGGAAUUUGAUAAGAAUAAAGAUGGCUACAUCAGUCACAAAGACCUGGGCGAGUGUAUGAGGACUAUGGGAUACAUGCCCACAGAGAUGGAGCUCAUUGAACUGAGCCAGCAGAUCUGUGGCGGUAAAGUGGACUUUGAGGACUUUGUAGAGCUGAUGGGACCCAAGAUGCUGGCAGAGACAGCUGACAUGAUCGGAGUCAAAGAAUUGCGAGACGCAUUCAAAGAGUUUGACUCUAAUGGUGAUGGCCAGAUCAGUUUAACGGAGCUGCGUGAGGCCAUGAAGAAGCUGAUGGGAGAACAAGUGACUAACAGAGAGAUCAACGAGAUCCUCAAAGACGCUGACCUGAACGGAGAUGGCCUGGUGGACUUUGAAGAGUUUGUGCGAAUGAUGUCCCGCUGACCAGUCCACGUGUCAGACAGACAUUACGCAACUGCCUGGCUAAGCAUCACACUACUCUGUAGUGGACAUCUUUCAUUUGCUCUUAAGAGCAUGCAUCUCAAAUUAUAUUUUUGUAUUAAAAAGUAAUGAAACAAAAAAAAACUGUUGUAGCUAACAAAGACUGCACAUGUACGAAUUUAAAGGUAUGUACAGUAGAUAAAUAUGUCAAACAUAUCAGCAGCUUCACAUUUACCAUUUUCAGUUUUUUAGAUGUAUUUUUAUAUGAGUGUUUGUUCUUCGAGUGUAAAAGCUUGUUUGUAAAAUCAUAGACCUGUUUUUAAUUAAUAAAACACAUAUAAAAUGGACAAAUUGUUCAAUUAUUAUG